AUGAUGAGAGAAAUAUUCCUUCUAUUCCUCCUCUUCUGUUCCUUGAUCGAAUCUUCAGCUUCAAAGAACACCAUUAAAGACCAUCUUCAGAGGGAUUCCUCUCUAUCUGUUGAUGAUAGUUCAGACGUCAUAAGGUCCCCAGACAACACUUACACCUGUGGCUUCUAUGGCUUCCAAAGCAAUGCUUAUUGGUUCGCAAUUUGGUUCACAGACUCCAAAGAGCGCACAGUGGUCUGGACUGCCAACCGCAACACACCUGUGAAUGGCCGUGGAUCAAAGCUGACAUUUAGGAAAAACGGAGCCAUGGUUUUGACAGAUGUGGAUGGCAUGGUCGUGUGGGAAACAAACACAACCUCCACAGAUGUGAAUAGAGCAGUGCUGCUGAAUACAGGUAAUCUGGUAUUGAAGAACCAAAAAGGUCAGAUUCGUUGGCAAAGUUUUGAUUAUCCAACUGAUACUCUAUUGCCUUCUCAAACACUAACAAAGAGAAAAAGCUUGAUAUCUGCUUUAAGAAAAGGAAGUUUUGAACCUGGGUAUUUUGUUUUGAGCUAUAACAGUAUUAACGUGUUAAUACUGACCUACGACAGCCCAGAAACAACAGUUUUGUACUGGCCUAGUCCCGAUCCUGGAUUUAAUGUCUGGUCUUACGGAAGAACUUCAUAUAACAGCAGCAGAAUCGCAGUCUUUGAUGAUUUUGGUGUAUUUAGGUCAAGCGAUCGGUGGCAGUUUAAUGCUUCAGAUAUGGGUUUUGGGAUCAAAAGAAGGUUAACCAUGGACUAUGAUGGUAAUCUCAGGAUUUAUAGCUUGAACGAUUCAACUGGAUUAUGGUCGAUUUCAUGGCAAGCUAUUGCACAACCAUGCAAUGUUCUCGGAAUCUGUGGGAGAAACGGGAUCUGUGAUAAUGGAGUACUACAAUCGGAAUGUUCAUGUCCACCCAACCACCAGCAGACUAACCCUACUGAUGUAAGUCAGGGUUGUAAGCCUACUUUCAAUACAACAUGUUCAAACUCAACAAAGUUUGGAUUUUUGGAAAUGCCGAAUACAGAUUAUUAUGGCUUUGAUUUAAAUUCAAUAGAUGCAUUCUUACCAACUUCGUUCGAUGCUUGUAAGGAUAUGUGUUUACGAAAUUGUAGAUGUAUAGCAUUUAGUUACAGGUUAACUGGUGAAGGAUUUUGCUUUAUUAAAAAUGCUCUUUUCAACGGCUUUCGGUCUCCUAAUUUCCCAGGAAGCAUCUACUUGAAAGUACCAAUUGACAUGGAAACAAGAGAAUCUGUCUCAGUUCUUACUGGCUCUAACGCCACAUGUGUAGAGGUCGUCACAGUCAUGGUGGGUUCUCCAUCUAUGUAUGAACCAUCUGAAACAAAGGUGAAAUGGGUUUAUCUUUACUCCUUCGCUAUAGCUAUUGGUGUGGCUGAAGCUUUUGUUAUCUUGUUAGGGUGGUGGCUUUUUUAUAGAAAAAAUGCCCUCCUAACCAGCUUAGAAGAGGGGUAUCGUAUGGAAGGGGAAGAGGAAGAAACCGAGCUUAUGAGGUUUGUAAGGGUAGCGAAAACGAAGCUUCAAGGAGAAGAAAUGGAGUCAUGGAUUGAAGAGAUAAUUGAUUUGAGGUUGGGAGGAUUGUUUAGUAGGAAGCAGGCUGCAAAACUUGUUGAGAUUGGUGUAAGUUGCGUGGAGGAAGACCGCAAUAAAAGGCCUACUGUGGAUUCAGUUGUUCACGAUCUAAUCGAUUGCGAGUCGGAGUAG